GUUUGACGUCGAUGAAAGGCAGUGAGAGAGAUUGAAUGAAGAUGAUUAGUUGUGUGUUUGUGAAGCUCAAGGGUCUGUUUUUGGGGAUUUUGAGCCUCUUCAGACGUGCUCUGUGUCUCUCCAGGCGCCGAGGACAAUCCCUGGACUGUGGCGAUGAGGAUCUGCAGACUGUUAGCGUUGUGACGAGCCACAGAGGCGCAAGAACGAAAAAUGAGCCGGAGAGAGAUUGGAACACUUGGGAUGACACUCCGAGGACCGUGGAAGAGCACAUUGAAGUAUACAGGCAGAAGCUGUCGCGAAAGGCUGAUGAUCAGGGCGAGAGGGAACCGGAGAUUGACUUCUUUGGGGACAUGGAACCCAAAGUUGUGAGGCAAACCAAAGUACUUAUAAGGACAGACAAGGAGCCGGAGAAGAACUUCUCCAGACUCACAGCCGCCAGCGAUGCCACCAUUCCGUAUGCUGCAGAACUCGAAGACUGGGUGGACGACUCAAAGUCAGGCUGGGAGGAGGUGAACGAGGAUGCCUCGCGGCUGAUCCGCGAGAAGCGACGGGAACAGCGGGCUCAACAGAAGAUGCAACGACAGAAGGACGUGAGUACAAAUCAGGGAUUCGCCGAGAGGAUAGGAAACCGGAAAAUCUAGUGGAGGAAUUAAAAUGUGACAAUGAUUUUUUGUGUGAGA